AUGAGGAAUUAUCUCCCAAAGAGGCAAAUCUGGCAGAAUAACAAAGCAUUAAGCAUUGUGGGUAAUAUUAAAUAUGGCGGAAAAUUUGAGAUAAAAUUUAGUGACUGGAUUUCAUCAAGCAAUCCACCAUCAUGUUUAAAAUACAAGAUGAUGAUGACAGUUUUGACUUGGAGGAUGAGGACUUCCUGGCUGCAGCUUUAGAAGUAGAGGCCUCUCAACCAAAGGUCACAAAGAAACGCUCAUCGUUUGAAAUUGGCUCUGUAGAAAAAUCAUCUCAUCACCCAGUUAAUCAUAGGAAAUCACCAGAAGUGUCAUCAGUUGAUCUGUCAUCUAGAAAUGUUAAAACCAAACACUUGUUAAUAUCACCAAGCAAGAAAUUCAAAUUUAAGUCUACAAAAGACAAUUUUCAUAAUGAGCUUCGUGAUUAUCCUGGGAAGUUCACAACAUCUAGUGAUAGCCAAGAAAGUAUUGUCAAAUCCUCUCAACUUAGUGAGGAAUUUCCAAUGGAUCAACCCACGAGGGUUCAAAUCUCAGCACAAAAGGUUGCAUCAUUUCUCAAAGAUGAUUCUCCUAGUAAUAGAAAUAUCAGCAAAAAUCAACAAGAAUCUGAGUCUAGUCCUACCGUGUCACCUAUAUCAAAUAAGAUCCAGAAUUAUCCUUCUGUGAUUGACUUUAACUCAGAUACAUCUAAUCAAAACUCUAUGGAGUCAAUUUCACCAGAACUUCCAGUCAGUUCGAUACCAUCCUCAAACAGCCCAGACUUUGAGCUAGAUAUAGAUGUCGCAGCAGUUUGUCAUAAGUCCGGAAAACAGCAAAGCAAUAUAUUAGAUGCAAUAAAACCAACAGAUGUUUUGACAUCAAGUGCGAUUUUUAAAAUCAGUCAGGAUAGCUAUGAUUCUGAUUUAGAUUUAAGUUUUGGUGAAUCUCCUUUAGGAAAGAACACUCUUAAUGGAGCAUCAAGAUUAAGUUCAAUUCCGGUACAAAAAGCAUUGUCUAGGGAAAUAUUUAAGGCACCUCAGAUUGAGACCAAUAGCAAUGAAGGUAGAGAAAAUCAGUUUACACCAACAACUCUCCAACAUAAUUUUAGUUCGAAUGCAAAAAACAUUAUGAGGUCCGCCAAUAGAAUACCAUUGGCAAUCAACACUGAACAAAGACCAGCUCAAGUCACACCUCAAAGAGAACUCUCGACUCAAAGACAAACAGAGCCUGCCACAAGUAUUCAACCAUCAUUUGAUAUACAUUCAACUGCUGAUGUAAAUAAAUCCAGUUUCUCUGCAGUAAACAAUACAAAUUCUCCUGCAAAUAAUAAAGUGACAAACAAGGAACAGCAUAAAAAGACCUAUUGUUUCAAAAAUUCAACAAGAACUCCAAUUAAAGCAUCUCAACCAUCAAUGCCAGCAAGGUCUAACAUCUCUACAAACUCUCCCAGUGUGUUGGGUCAGGCACCCCAGAGAGUAAGGGUACCUGUGACCACUAGUCCAGCAAGACAGCCAGCACAACGUGUUGUUACUCCCAUCUCAACUAAACAUGGGCCCCGCAGAAUAAAAAGGAAAUUUCCAGGUCCAGCAGGGAUUCUUCCAAAAUUGGCAGAAAAUACUGGGUUUGAUUCUGUUGUGAUUCCCAGUGAGGAUAGAGUUUCACCAGAUAAGAAUACCCCAGUGUUAAGCCAGCUGAGCCAGUCCAGUGAGGAUCAUUUUGGACAUGGAGCCUGGACUGCAAUGACAGCAGAACUGGGCCAUGACUCUGAAACAAUUCUAACCAAUCACAACAUUGCAACAGUGCUCAGGAAGGCUAGCAAGAAGCUUCUACCCAGGGGAAAGGUGCCAUUACUGUGUGCUCUCAUCGACAAUGUGGAGAUUUUACCAAAUGAUGCCAGUGUCAUUUUAAAAGAUCCAACAGGUAAAAUCAAGGGAACUAUCCACAGAGAUGUUAUAAGGGACUACCAGCCUCAAUUACAAGCUGGCACAGUGCUCAUCUUGAGACAGGCUGGUGUCUUCAGUCCAUCUGGAAAAGCCCAUUAUCUCAAUAUAACCCCCAACAACCUGGUACGCAUGUAUUCUAAACUCUCAGAUGGGGAAAUAAAUUGUGCAAGUAUAAGUGAAUUGAACAUUGCAGACUUGGAGAAAAUGUCUGAGAAUGUUCCAGAGAGCCCUAUGCCUAUACAUUCCCCAAUGAUUGGGACAGGUGGACUAAGCUUACAAAAUUCCCCACAAUUAGGAGGUACAGUCGGUACACAUUCGCACAGCACCCCCUUAUUUAAUACAACGCCAUAUCAGAUCCCAAUUCCUCGUUUACAAAAUACCCCACAGCGUGCAAUAAAACCCCUUGGAUAUACUUCAAAACAGAACAGUUCUCAAGCAAUGAGGCCUCCAGUAUGUAUUACACCAGCUAGACAUACUGUCCAAAAUAGAAGCAUGGAAUGUGGUUCCACAACCCCUUUACAGGGUAACAUUGUACAACGUUCUCAAAGGAUUAAUGGAGCUACCCCAAAUAUUCAACAAGUUUCAUAUACACCAAGUACAAACACUGCAACUGCAAGGAGGGUUAACCCAACAAUGCUUACACCAUCCACCAGCAAUAUCACAACCCCCAAGCAACGAUUCAAUUUUAAGCCAGUUGUGGUCCCCUCUCCAUUACGCUUCAAUAACCCAGGACAGUCUGCGAACGAUCCAGGCAGCAUCAGAGCCCCUCUGUUUGAGAUGAAGGAAAACACACCAGUUGCCAUGGUGACAGACACAAGACAAGCUGAUGUCUGGGAUGACAGUAACAUAGAUGACGCUGUAUUGGCCAGUUUAGAAGAGGAAUUUUAGUCUGCUAGACUCAGAGCAUGUUGCUGAAAUUUAGUGUAUUACACAUUACACAGGGUGCUACAUACAGGAGAGGCCCAAACCCUGUUAUUAUCAUAUUACCGAAAUUCAAGGCCUGAUGCGUUUUCUCACCACAUAUAGGGAAGUAACAUUCAGUUUGUUCUGAGCUUUUCUUAAAGCCAUAUGCCACACAGUUAUAACCUGAACAGUAUUAAGCUGCAUGCUAUGUGUAGACUAUAUAUUUACAUAUGCAGAGAAACAGUUGAACACAAUGCGGAGUGGAUUAUCGGGCAUCAGGAAUGGAGAUUUCCUAUAUAAUACAAAAUAUGCCAUCCACCUUAUGAUUGGCUUAUUGAAAUAUGUUGAACGUAAUAGAUUACAUACACUGAUAUAAAGUCAUAGAUUUACAAUCAUGAUAGUUUAGUAAAUACUGUACUCCUGUUAAUUUUUGCAUGCAGUUAUAUUUCGUGAGUUUUGGAAAAUUCGUGAAAUA